CGCACCUUGUCGACUGACUGUCACGACGCAUGAUGAAAUCUCCAGCGAGACGAACAGCACAGCAAAAGCAUUUACACCAGAACUCUUUUCCAGUAGGAGCAACCAAUUUACCUACUCACUGAGAUCUUUACUGGACAUUGAGAUAACCUUCUGCCAGCAGGCUGCUCCUAUUGGCAAUUUUCACUUUGCUCACCACCAUGAAGUUCUCCCGUGAAGCGCUUCUUUUCCUUUCCACGGUAACGAUUUCUUUCUCGUCGUUUACCGAAGCCUUUGUUUCUUGGGAUGGGCGCACUACUACGUUUCUGAGUAACCGGUGGUCGCACAGCUAUGUUACUUGGGCCGCAACUAAUUUCGGUCCAACGCCGACGAGAACGAAGCACUCACGACUCCGAAUGAUAGAAGAUGAUGUUGACGAUGACGAAGAAGACUUCGACGAAGAUGCCGCGGAACCGCUUUCCAAGGGGGUUCGGUCCGUGUCGUGGCUUCCGACCGUCGCCAAUGCUAAAGGAGAUGGUGUUCCAGAACUGACACGAAAAGACUCCGAGAUCUUGCCGCUCUUUCCUUUGGGAGGGAUCGUUUACACACCCAAUUCAGAACACAUUCUGAAUAUUUUCGAACCUCGCUAUCGUCAAAUGUACAACGAUAUUCUGAUGAAUGGUACCAAACGCUUCGUGGUCAGUAUGUCGCACCCUUCCGAGUCCGGUCGAUUUGCCCAGACGGGGGUACUAUUUGAACUCGAAGAUCUGAAAGAAGUCAGCGAGCAGACGGCGGAUCAGAUUAAGUAUAUUUGCAACCACAAGGUGACUGGUCGGGUCAAGCUUCAUCGGGUGUUGAAUCCGGAAGCCUGGCAAUCGCGAGACACAUACUUACGUGUGGAAGGCACGAUAACGGAUGACAGUGUUAAAGAAGGCGAAUCGGCGUCAAGCAGUAUCUAUGGUGUAGUCGGAAACGCCAAGGAGGAGAAAGCGUUGAAAAGCGCGUUCUCCGAUUUGAUUGAAAUCCAACAUGAACUUGAGGAAGAUGUUCGCUUCACCCGAGCGUCAGGAAUGACACUUUCGGUGAAACCUGGCUCCGGAGAAGAUGGCUUGUGGCAAACAAUACGACUUUGGCAGAGUUUUGCCGAUCAGCGACUCAUGGCACGUCAGAAUGAACUGCAACGGGAUUUUCAAGAGAAGCUUCAGGCGUUCUUGAAAAAGGAACGCGGUCUUACGGAAGAAGAGCUACCAAGCGCUAUUGGCUUUGAUGAUUUAUCUCCGGCUCUCCAGGUAGAAGUACAAGAGCUUCAAAAACGAAUGGCGAUAGAACUUCGACCGUUGGUUCUGGAAUCCACGCUGACAAUGCAGAAGGUCCUCGAAGCGGAAAACCAUACAGAGAGGUUGCAGCUUGUUCGUCACUUUGUGGAAGCAGAAACCCGACGAUUAACCACAAAAAAGACGUUGAGGGGAGUAUUUUCGGGGUCGAGCAUGGGCACCGGCGAAGGCUCCGAUCAAUCUGAGAAGAGACUCACGGAGAGCAAAAGAAAGAACGAAAAUUCAUCUAAACCUUCUUCAAUUUUUACCGACGAAGAUGAUGCUUUCCAGUGAGCGAGUAAGGUUUUUAAACUAGGCAAACUCUUUCAUCUAGCGUGCUAUAAAAAGAAUAAACUAAUUGGCUGGUUUAAAGCUCGGAA